UUUUAUGUACCUGAAGUUUAUUUAGACCACAUUGUGUGUGAAUUUUAAGAACAAACGAUUCAUUCAAUUGUUGUUGAUAAACUGCAGUGAUUUUCAUUCGGAAAUUGACACGUGUCAAUCAAUAUCACGGGAGAAAUAAUGAUAAACGAUCAAUCAUCGACGAGGAUGAGAAAAAACUCACUGGAGGAUGAGGAUUCAGAUAAUCCUGAAAUGGAACAAGAAUCGAAAUUUAUGAGGAACGAAGGAUGGGCGGAUGCCAUGCAGAAUAUUUUAAAAACAAAUAAACCAAAGAAGAAAACGACACUCGUAUUAUCGAGGGCUAAGAAAAUAUCUGAAGUCAAACCUAAAAUUGAACAGAGUCCUUUCGAAAUUGAAAGUAAAGAUGGAGAAAUCAAGGCUGAAAUCGAUGAGAAAGCAGACAAAAAAAAUUUUGCAAUGGAUAAACCAGAAAAACGACGAAAAGAAGAAAAAAUGAAACAUUCAAUACGAAUUCGACCGUCUCCUCUUACUAGACCUAGAGAAAAAAUUCUGCAAAAAAUAGCGACACAAGGUGUUGUCCAACUAUUUAAUGCAGUGAGAGAACAGCAGCGAGAAAUAGAGAAAAAAUUGGUAGAAGUUGGGCCACUCGAAGGAAAGAGAGAAAAAGUUCUCAAAAGUAUCGAUAAACGCGCCUUUCUGGAUGUUCUUAUGGGAGGAACGAAGAGUGUAAUAGUCGAUCAACAAGACACCUCGCAAAGAAAAGAUGAUUCAUCAGAAAACGAUAAUAAAGUCUGGAGUGUUCUUCGGGAUGAUUUUAUAAUGGGAGCGAAGCUGAAGGACUGGGAUAAGAAAACGCCAGAGGAAACAGACGAAUCCUCAGACGCCGAAGAAUUAAACAGUGAUUAGAACACAAAAAAUUGCAUUUGAAAUAAUAUGCAAUUGGAAAUUUUUUAACAAUUGAAAUUUUGAUCCGAAAGUCAUUUAUAAAAUAAAAACGGCAAUUCUCUCAAUGAAUACACAGUAAUUUGAAAAAGAA